AUGGAUUUUUUUUCUAGAGGAUACACAGCUCUUAGAGGAGAGCGUGGACAACCCCAAUCUGCUGAUGAGACCAUUGAAAAACUUGCUGACUGCCUCGAAACCGCGACUUUACUUGAAGACAGACGUGCAGGUGUUUUGAGCCUCAAAGGAUUAGUGAGGGAUUGGCCAGAGGAAGUUGGAAAUAAGAGCUUUCCCGGAUUGAUCAAAGUUUUGCAUACUGAUUAUAAGGAUGUGGAUAUCACAAAAUCUUUAUUGGAAACCAUUACAAUUCUUUGCACAGUUCAACAUCAACAAGAUAAAGACGACAAGGGGUUCAAAUUUACAGAUUAUUUCAUCGAGGAUUCUCGCAAUGUUACCAUCCUUUUGGACAUUCUUGAAGAGUUUGAUUUCUAUGUUCGAUACAACACCAUCAAACUACUAUCCACACUGUUAGCCAACAGAAGCAAACGAAUCCAAGAAUGCAUUUUGACCAAUCCAAUGGGUAUUUCUCGUCUUGUGGACAUGUUAGAUGAUAAAAGAGACAUCAUCAGAAAUGAGGGCUUAUUACUGUUGAUUGGCCUUACUCGUAGUAAUACUGAGGUGCAAAAGAUUGUUACCUUCCAAGCUACAUUCGAGAAAUUAUUGGCUGUAAUUGAAGAACAAGAGGGCAUCUCUGGCGAUAUCGUCGUACAAGAUAGUUUAACGCUAAUGCACAAUUUAUUGCGAUAUAACGUAUCUGAUCAAGUUUACUUUCGCGAAACUAGCUGUAUUCAACAAAUUCCUGGUUUAUUAGGUUAUGUGGGCGAUAGCGAUGCGGACCAUGUACCUUACUCAUUCGAGGAUUGGCCGCCUCAAAAGAUUGCUAAUACAGUGUUGGUGUUGCAAUUGAUUCGUAUCUUGACUGAACCUGAUAGUAGCAGUACGCCCAUCAAUCAGAAGGUGAUGGUUCAAAGUGGCAUUCUUUUGCCUAUCGUUCAAUUAGGUCUUUGCUCAAAUGCUCCCUCUAUCGUCCGUACCGAGGCUCUUUAUUCCAUUGCGUAUGUUGUCGCCUCCAAUGUUGAUAAUCAGGUUAUGCUUGGUAAGAUUGUAGUUGCUUCUCCUCCUGUGCUGAAUCAAGAUGGCCAGAUUGACGCCAAUGCUGCUCCUGGCAUCCCUCGCCCAGCUAUGAUUUCUCUCAUCUCAAUUGCUGUCAACGAAGACCGUGGUGUGUCCUACAGUUAUUCAAGCCGUGCUGCUGCCACAUAUGCGGUAUACUCUUGUUUGGAGGAAAAUCCGGAUGCCCAGCUCGUAUUGGCUUCUACCCUCAAGACGCCACCCGAAGAUAAUGCAAACAGCUCUUACACCGAUAAACCCCAUUCAGCAGGAUCCCUUUUGUUGGAGGUUAUCGAGAAUUGGGAGCAAUCGUUGACCGAUCCUUAUAAGGUGUGGUUUGCCUGUGAUAUUUUAUCUCAUAUUAUCAGAAACAACGAGAGAGCCAAGCAAAUAGCGGGAAGUAUUGUAUUUGGUGAUGAGGCUAAUGGCGAGGAUCCUGUUCCUUUACUGCAUCAGAUUGUUGCACAAUUGCUCAUGUCCACCAAGAACCCCUCUACCAAUGCUCGCAUUCCAAUUGGUUAUCUGUGCUUGCUCUGUACAUGGCUUCAUGAGAGCCCAGCAUCCGUCAGCUUGUUCUUGGCCGAGAGUACACAUGUUCAGUUUUUGAUCCAAGAAAUGCAAUCAUCCACCAAUGACCCUACAGUGCAAGGCCUUGUUGCUUAUCUUUUAGGCAUUACAUACGAAUAUAACGAUGAUCCAUCCACUCCUUUGGAUAGAGCUAAACUGCAAGCCAUCUUCUCCAGCCGCUUGGACCAAUUCAAUAGCUUGGUAGCUCGUCUGCGUGAUAGUCCAGCUGUCAAAAAUGCGCCACAAUUUUUGCAAAUCUCCGCAGAGGAUGAAUCCAUCUCCAAUACAACGCAUUCGCUACCCUCUUUACUGUUGGAUAGCGUUUUCGUAGACUUAUUCAAGUCAAACUAUGAAAACAUCCAGAAAUCAAUCAAAAAGAAGCCAGCCAAAUUCAACAAGAUUGAAAACAGAACAAAUUCACCUGCUCCUCCAAGCCCAAUUGUAUCAGACGAAGUAAUUCAAAGUUAUAAAAACACAAUUGAAGAACAAUCGAAUCAAAUCAAAUCACUGGAAUCAAAAGUAUCAGAAUUAGAGUCUUCCUUACAAAUUUUGAAAUCCAACGAUGAAUUGAUCAAGAACGAAUUGACAUCAGCUGCUACAGAUAAAGCAUUAUUAGAAGAACAAAUAUCUGAUUUGAAAAACAAAUUAGCCACUGCAGAAACUGAAGUUGCCAAAAAGUCAUUGCAACCUCCUGCCGUGGAUGAAAAACAAGCUGCCAGAAUCAAAGAAUUGGAGGAGCAACUUGGAAACGAAAAGGCUAAAUUUGCUGAUCUGGAAAAGGAACAAGAGGAUCUCCUUGUCUGUAUGGGUGAACAAGAUUUGGACAUUAAAAAGUACAAGAAGAGAUUGAGAGAUUUAGGAGAGGCUGUCACUGACAGUGAGGAUGAAGAUGAAGAGUAA